AUGGCUAGAGUACAAAAUCAGGUGAAAAUUCCAAGGAUUAAACAGGUCGAUGCAGCUUUGGAUAAACCAUUAGAUGUAGAUUCUCCACCAACGAUUUUUCAAACUACAUUAACCCCCGAAUAUGCCACAGCUGCAUUAAAUCUCUCUGUUGAUUUCAUUAAACAGAGACAAUCCCUGGCUAACAAAUAUUUAUUAUUGCAUCCCUUUGUUCUAAGUUUCAUUACCUUGAUUGUUUUGAUCAUCAUGAUACCUAGAUUGGUCUACCCUCAUGGUUUUUUAUCUGUUACACAAUGGUUAUAUCACCUUUUCCUUCUAAACAAGGCCCAUUUUUUCACCAUGUUGAUUAGUUCUACCAUGUUAAUUUCUUUGAUUUUCACAUUAUUAUCUCGUUUAGUGGAAACUGUCUAUAAAGCAGAGGUAGAUAAAAUCGUUAAGUCCAAUGGGUUACCAUUAUUUAAUGUCGAAUUGAAUCAAUUGGCUCAACAAAAAAUUCCAGAUGAAACAGUUUUGCAAAACACAAACAUCAUCGUCUAUAGAAAUACUCCAAUUGCAUUAAUUUCUGUGAGUGAAUCCCACGUGUUGUCCAGUGACACAUCAAUCUGUGUCACGAUAAGCACUUUAGGUUGUAGAAAAGUAUAUAUUAAGUCGGGGAUUUUAGGCGAUUUGAUUGAUUGGGCAAUGAUCAGAACAGAAAAGAUCAAUAACGGUAAGAAAUCCUCUUGUAAAUUGAUUAUUGAGGUUGAAUCUAUAGAACAUGAUCUACAGAAGACUUUGUUGUCAAAGGGAUUCAAAUGUUUCUCUAGACAAAGAUUACGUUCCAACAGGAUUCUUGGUGGAUUGUUUGGUAUCAAGAAAGAAUUAUGGGGUGUACAAUUCCAUAUCAAAUCUAAACAAUCACAAAAUUCAAAGAAAUAA